GUGGCCAUCCCUGCUGAAGUACUACAGCCACAGUGACAGUGUCAGCUGGCUGGAGGAGUACAAGGCACGGCACAACGCGGGCCUGGAGGCACAGAGGAUUGUGGCCUCCUUCUCCAAAAGGUUCUUCUCAGAACAUGUGCCCUGUGAUGGAUUCAGUGACAUUGAGACCCUGGGCUGCCCCAGCCAUUUCUUUGAGGAUGAGCUGAUGUGUAUCCUCAACAUGGAAGGCAGGAAAGGUCUCACCUGGAAGUACUAUGCAAAGAAGAUUCUCUAUUUCCUACGGCAGCAGAACAUAUUAAAGAACCUGAAGGAGUAUCUGCAGCGCCCCACAGAGCGACAAUCCUUCCUGGAGGGUGAGUGCUUGGCACAGAGCCCCUAAUGCCAGCUCUCCAUCCUGCUUUCACUUGCAAGGAGCCUGCCUUGCUCAGAUCCAGCAAGCCCUUGCCUAAUGACUCACAGUUCAGUCUUUAUUUCACUGCAUGUGUUUGCAGGAGAGGUUCUCAUUCCAGAAGUGGAACUUCAGAGGCAGGUGCUCGAUGCCAUGAACUGUGUCCUGUAUGAACAGCUGAAAUACAAAGGAAAUGAGCUGGAUUACUACAAUUCCCUGAAUUCCUACAUUCACCAGGUUUUGAUCCGCAGGACAGGAAUUCCCAUCAGUUUGUCUGUGCUUUAUUUAACAAUUGCCAGGCAGCUGGGAGUCAAACUGGAGCCUGUCAACUUUCCCAGCCAUUUCCUACUGCGGUGGUGUCAGGGGAAAGAAGGGAGCACAGAUAUUUUUGACUACACCUACAUCGAUGCCUUUGGGAAGGGGAAGCAGCUGACGGUGAAGGAGUGCGAGUACCUGAUCGGGCACCACGUGACAGAGGAGUUCUAUGGGGUGGUGACCUCCAAGGAGGUCCUGCAGCGCAUGGUGGGGAACCUGCUGAACCUUGGCAAGAGGUGAGCUGGGGAUCCAGAAUACACAGUUACAUCUUCUAACCUAACACAGUUUAUAAGUUGUGCUGUUGCAGGGAGAUGUCCUGACCCUGUUUUUGCUGUGGUUUGGAAGGUCCUGGACAUCCUGCAGCACAUCCAGGCCCUGGACCCAUCCCAGCACGGAGCUGUGGGGUACCUGGUGCAGCACACCCUGGAGCACAUCGAGCGGCGCAAGGAGGAGCUGGGCCCCGAGGUCAAGCACCGCUCGGAUGAGAAGCACAAGGAGGUUUGCUUCUCCAUUGGGCUCAUCAUGAAACACAAGAGGUAUGGCUACAACUGUGUGAUUUAUGGCUGGGACCCUGCCUGCAUGAUGGGCCACGAGUGGAUCCGGAACAUGAACGUGCACAGCCUCCCCCACGGCCCCCACCAGCCCUUCUACAACGUCCUGGUGGAGGAUGGCUCCUGCAGAUACGCUGCCCAAGAGAACCUGGAGUACAACUCUGAGCCUCGGGAGAUCCCUCACCCCGACAUCGGCCGCUACUUCUCCGAGUUCACCGGCCUGCACUACCUGGCCAACACCGAGCUGGAGAUCCGCUACCCCGAGGAUCUGGAGCUCACCCGAGCCACGGUGCAGAAGAUUUACAGCUCAGGCAAGGAGUGAGUGCCAAAGGCAGCCUGGGGACAGAAGCAGCUGGAGUGUAGCUUUACCCUCUCCGCAGAACUUGCGUGGGAAGCAAGUUUGGUGACAAUCCUUUGGCUUAAUGCAUUGAAAACUGCACUGAACUUGGAAACUGGUGCUACAGCAUCUUCCCGUUGUCUGCCUGGCCCAGGGGCACAGGGACACUUUGGGACUUGAGGCCCAGCAGGAGGAUCUUGCAGGGACAGCUGUGCCAGGAGCGUUGUCCUUGGGAAGGAUCUGCACAUUCUGCUCCUUCUGUGGUGGCCUUAGGUCAGCACAGCGAGAACCUGGCGUGGAAUAUGGAGGAAUCCCCUCUUCCAGAGAAGGAAGUGGCUUGUCCUGGCAGUAUUUUUGUUUGGCUGUGUCUGUCUGGUUUGGUUUGAGUGUGUAUCCCAUGCAGGCAAUAGUUUUUAAAGUCUCUCACGUUUCGCUGUUGUCUUCUCCGGUCUGAAUUUCUGGGUCAGGUAUUGCUUCACCUCUGUAGUCUGAUUGUUCCUAGAGCCACUGUUCCAAUCCUGAAUAUCCUCCUGGGCCUGGCAAUACCCUCAUGGGCCUGGGAAGGAGCUCCAGCCACAAAACCAGCAGCAGUGAGGCUGGUGAGCAGUGCUGACCCUGGGGCCAGGUGGCCACCUCGCCGACACCAGAGACUCCAACAGCAGAGGAGGAGCUCCUGGCCCUUUUCCAUGCCUGCUGAACACACCCAGCCCGUGUCCUGACCUUGUUCUUCGCUCUGUCCAUCCUGUGUGUCCAAGGUGGGAUCUGUGGCACAGCCAUGAGUGUUCCCACAGGAGCUGGAGCCUCUGGUGGGACCUUGAGUGACUUGGAUGGACGCGGAGCUGCCGCUCGCUGCCAGCUCCAUUUUUUUUUUUUCCAAUAGGUAUUUAUGCAAUACAUGGAAUGAUGACUGGAACCUGGCCAUCCCUGGAGUCAGCCAAAGCAUUAUGGAAGCAAGAUGUUAAUUGCUGCAGCUUGAGGCCUUCUACCUUCUUGCCAAAAGAAAACUGAUUCUAGGGGGGCGCAGGCUUGGCUGCCUACAAGGGAAGAGCUUUAGCAGCUCGAGGCACAUGACUUUCAACCUUGACUGAAAGGCCCAGACAGAACCACUGCAGAAGAGGUUUUCCUCUGGGCUCAGGGGCUGUGGGGUGCAGAGUGACACAGUGUUUGUGCAUAUCUUUGUGGUUUCUGAAGCAAUGUGUGUAGAGUAGCUGCAGCUCGUGUCUCCUGUCACUGUCCACUUGCAACACAGUAAUUCUUCUCUCUGAGCUGACAAUUAGGGCCCUGUAGAGGUAGGUGGAUGCUCUUUAGUCUCUUAUGCACUACAGGUAUCUCCAUGUGGAAUCACAGCCCUCCUCUCCAGCAAUGCCUGCCCUGCAUGUCACCUCCUGCAACCCUGAGCACUGGUUUGCUGUGGAAAUAAAUGCUGAGAGCCCAGCA